AUGGCAAGAACACGUGGUGCAUCUUUUAAUUCUCGAGGAGAGAGUUCUCGAGGAGAGAGUUCGUCGCAGGGCGAAGCGCGAAGAAGACCUACCGUUUCUGCUCGUAGAAGUCGGGCACCUCCUAUCCAGCAUGACCCCAUAGCUGAGGAGCGAGUCGUUGAGGAACAAACAUAUGAGGCGUAUGAGACUCAUGGAGAGGAGAAUGCAUUUGAGGCCCCUAACGAUGAUGACGAUGAGGAGGAGCAUGCAGAUGUUCAUGACAUACAAGAGGAUGUCGCUGGAUUUCCUGGAGGUCCACACGAUCAUUCAUUGCUGACGCACUAUGUUCAGCAUGUAGCUUAUGCUAUUUCCCAAGGCCGGGAUCGAGGGGACACACUGAAGUUGAUCUCCCACGGAAAAAAAGUAAAUAAGUUAGGACCAUGCCACGAGGGAAUUCAAGACAUUGUGUUGAAUUCCAGUUUGAUGCCUCUUACAGGGAUUUGUUAUGAUUACGUUGAUAAGGGGUUACUCCUCGGAUUCAUAGAGAGGUGGCAUUUUGAGACCAGUAGUUUCCAUCUCCCUAUAGGGGAGAUGUCGAUUACUCUUGAUGACGUCUCGACAUUACUUCACCUGCCCGUGAUGGGGCAAAUGUGUGAUUUGGAGGAGUUGGAGUUUGAGGAGGCUCGUACAGCCCUUGUGCAACUACUCGGCGUUGAUGGUGGCACAGCAAGUUCUGAGAUGGAGGACGCACGUGGUCCGAAAGUCAGACUCAGCUGGCUUAGAGAGAUAUAUGUUCAGAGGUGUGAGUCGCAGCAUUGGGACUAUGCUGCUAGAGCAUAUUUGUUGCAUCUAGUAGGAUGCACAAUUUUUGCAAAUAAGAGUGCCAGUUCUAUACGCGUGUCUUACUUAUUGUUAUUUAGAGACGUACACGCGUGUGGCAGAUAUGCCUGGGGUGUUGCUGCACUCGCCUAUUUGUACGACCAGCUCGGGGAUGCGAGUCUCGCCUCCACGAAGCAGAUGGCUGGAUAUUUGACUCUAUUUCAGAGUUGGAUAUACGAACAUUUCCCUAGUAUGGGGAGGAGGCGGUUGGUAGCUUCUUACGAUGACACCACACCACGUGCCAUGAGGUGGCAGAGCCCUAGGCAGAGUUCCACUCUCACAGAGAUAUUCACCGUGGGCAACGGACAACCUUCUUGUAGCUUAACCUACAUUAUACAAAUAACAAAAUAUAAUUGA